GCACCCGCGCCCCCCUGCAUCUACCAGCGGCCACUCUCACGUCAACAAUGGAUGCCCUCGCCAUUUCCGCUGGAAAAUACGCUAGCGUUUCAUUAAAUGUGUUCAAAGUGUUCGUUGUGUAGGCUGUUUUGUUCGCGGCGGAGCAGCGGCGAACACUCACUCUGCAGCAGGGUAGAGAGGUUAUCACAUAAGUGAAAGGAAGAAGAUAACAGAACUAAACACACAGCUGAGAGAAGUGAGCCGUGUGUGCGUGUCUGCUAUGGCUGGCGGAAGGAGAGGAUCGAACCGCACAACGUACUGCAGACCUCCGCUCAGCAGUGAACCAGGCUCUGUCAGCAACGGCAACCACUCGACCAGUUCCCCGGUGACGGGGGUACGAUCCCGUACGAGGAAUGGGUCGGGGACGUGCAUGUCCAGCCCGCCACUGGCUGCACAGACGGUGGUUCCUCUGAAGCACUGCAAGAUCCCAGAGUUAUCCAUGAAUCGUAAUGUGCUCUUCGAGCUCCAUCUUUUCAUAUGCCACCUCAUUGGCCUCUUUGUUCACUAUGUCAACAUCUACAAGACUGUGUGGUGGUACCCCCCAUCACAUCCUCCCUCACACACAUCACUGAAUUUCCACCUUAUUGACUAUAACAUGCUGGUGUUCAUAGUCAUCAUUUUAGCAAGGAGGUUAAUCGCAGCGAUUGUCAAAGAGGCAUCACAGAGUGGGAAACUCUCCUUCCCUCAUUCAAUCUUUUUAGUGAUGGCUCGGUUUGCUGUGCUCACGCUGACGGGCUGGAGCUUGUGCCGCUCCCUUAUUUACCUCUUCAGAACCUAUUCCGUCCUCAGCCUGCUCUUCCUCUGCUACCCAUUUGGAAUGUAUAUUCCGUUCUUCCGGCUGAACUGUGACUUCCGGAGAGCGGGUCAACUCUCGCCCAUCGCCAGCAUCGGCUCCAAGGAGGUGGGCAGCGUGAGCCGGGGGAGGGACUACUUAACCGUGCUGAAGGAAACGUGGAAGCAGCACACCAGCCAGCUGUAUGGCAUCCAGGCGAUGCCGACGCACGCCUGCUGCCUCUCCCCGGACCUCAUCCGCAAGGAGGUGGAGUACCUAAAGAUGGACUUCAACUGGAGGAUGAAGGAGGUGCUGGUCAGCUCAAUGCUCAGUGCUUACUAUGUGGCUUUUGUACCAGUGUGGUUUGUCAAGAGUACACAGUACGUGGACAAGCGCUGGUCUUGUGAGCUCUUCAUCCUGGUCUCAGUGAGCACGUCAAUCAUCCUCAUGCGGCACUUGUUGCCACCUCGAUACUGUGACUUGCUUCACAAGGCUGCCGCUCACCUGGGCUGCUGGCAGAAAGUAGACCCAUCGCUCUGCUCCAACGUCCUUCAGCACAUCUGGACAGAGGAGUACAUGUGGCCACAGGGAGUCCUGGUCAAACACAAUAAAAAUGUCUACAAGGCAAUGGGCCAUUAUAAUGUUGCGGUUCCCUCAGAUGUGUCCCAUUAUCGAUUCUAUUUCUUCUUCAACAAGCCUCUAAGAAUACUGAACAUACUCAUCAUCCUGGAGGGGGCCAUGAUAUUCUACCAGCUGUACUCACUCAUAUGCUCAGAAAAGUGGCAUCAGACGAUAUCGCUGGCUUUGAUCCUCUUCAGCAACUACUACGCCUUCUUCAAGCUCCUGCGAGACAGAAUAGUGCUGGGGAAGGCGUACUCGUACUCCAACAGCUCGUCAGACCAGAAAGUCAGUUAGGAUUUAAGUUAUUAUCGCUCACGUUCACGUCGGGAACGAGACAAACACGCCGAAGAG